UUUUUCACAUGUGACUAUGUCGUCCUUUCAUUUUUGUCGACAUUUAUUGAGAUUGAUUACGAGGCGGAAUCGAAAUUACUCACAAAGUUCAGCUAUUUGUGGUGCAUGGCAUGAUGCGCAAUCGAAUAAGGAGACAUCCUGUUUAAGGCAAUUCAGUACAUGCUUUGAAGAAACAAAAGUCAUCUCCAGGCCAUUUAGCACUUCAUCUGGUGAUAAUUCAUUCAUUAAUAAGGAAACAUUCACAAAUCAACCAACAAGUUUUACAGACAGAACCCACUUGUGCGGGCGUUUGACCUCCGCUGAUGUCGGACAGUCUGUCAUACUGUGUGGAUGGGUGGAUCGCUAUUCAAAACUGUUCCUAAAGCUAUAUGACUGGACAGGUCAAGUACAGGUCAUGGUACCUGAUGAUAUGGUGAAAAUGGUAAAAUUGCUGGAGCGUGAAAAUGUUGUGGAGGUCAAGGGAACGGUAACGAUGCGACCAGAAAAUCAACAGAGACAGGCAGUAGGCAGUGGUGAAGUGGAGAUUACACCUUCAGAAAUAAAAGUUUUGAACACAUGUAAUUCACAGAUACCAUUCUACCCCACAUGUAUCUCCUAUAACAAGGUAACCACAGAUACCAAAAUGGAACAUCGCUACCUAGAUAUCCGGAGUGCACCCAUGCAGAAAAUCCUGCGUCUGCGAUCAUCUUUUAUCAUGAAAGCUCGUGAGUUCCUGUGUAAUGAUCAUGGAUUUGUUGAUGUGGAGACACCAACUCUCUUUAGAAAAACACCUGGGGGUGCCAAGGAGUUUCUGGUUCCUACUCGGCACAAGGGCCGAUUCUACAGCUUGCCACAGAGUCCCCAACAGUUUAAGCAGUUGCUAAUGGUAGGAGGAAUAGACAGAUAUUUCCAGAUAGCUAGAUGUUACCGAGAUGAAACGCAAAAACCAGACAGACAACCAGAGUUUACACAGUUAGAUAUAGAGAUGGCCUUCACCUCACAGACACAUAUCAUGAGAUUGAUAGAGAGACUGCUACACUACUGCUGGCCCCAGGGGGCAGGGACUUUACCCAAUACCUUUCCGGUCAUGACCUAUGAUCAGGCUCUGAGGGACUAUGGGUCUGACAAACCAGACACCAGGUUUGACAUGAAGCUUCAGGAUCUAACUGAUGUUGUGUCAGACUGUGGUAUUGAGCGACUUACAAGAGCAGAAACUGUUACAGCACUCAGAAUACCUGAGGGACAGAAGUACUUUUCUAACAAAGAUCUACAAAUACUUUGUAAGCCAAUCAAUGAAGAUGACAAAACAGAAAUAAUUAGUGCAAAGAUCAACAGUGCGGAUGACUGGAAGUCUCCAAUUUCUAAAAACCUUAAAUCAACAUGUCGAGAAGAGAUUAACAAAAAGCUGCAGCUUGAACCUGGAGAUAUCCUCCUUUUAUGUCUGGGCCAGGGAACAUCUCCAUGUGAAGUCCUUGGGAAGAAACGUCUGGCAACAGCUGCUCAUUUAGAAGAAAAAGGAUUGAUGAUCAGGAAUCCGUCUGACUACAACAUUUUCUGGGUCGUAGAUUUUCCUCUUUUUCUACCGAAGGAAGAUGAGGAUGGUAAGCUGAUACCAGGGUUUGUUGAGUCUGCACAUCAUCCAUUCACAGCCCCAGUGGAAGACGACCUUGACCUUAUUUAUUCCAAUCCCACCAAGGUACGGAGCCAACAUUAUGACCUGGUAUUGAAUGGUAACGAGGUCGGAGGGGGAUCAGUUCGUAUUCAUAAUGCAAAUCUUCAAAAAUAUGUUCUGUCUGAAAUAUUGAAGGAGGAUACAAGGGAGCUAACUCAUUUACUUACAGCUCUAGACAUGGGAUGUCCUCCUCAUGCUGGCAUCGCAUUAGGUCUAGAUCGGUUAUUUGCUAUCUUGAGUGGAGUGAACAAUAUCAAGGAAGUUGUCGCCUUCCCUAAAUCAUCAUUAGGAUUUUGUCCAAUGAGCAAGGCACCAUCUGAGAUAUCCAAGACAGAUCUUGAACGAUAUCACUUAUUACUGGAAUCUUAAUAUUUAAUUUAAUGCUGAUCAAAUUGUGAUAAAAAAACUGUUUAGAAUAUGUAGUAUUUUAUAAUAAAUUAUGUGUCAAAUAAUAUCUCCUUAUAUUUUUU